AUGCCGUUCUUGUCAUCUAAAGAAGCAAUGGGGCAGAAUUUUUGUAUCCACGGUAUCAAUUAUAGCCCGCGCAUCGGACCAGACUGCGCUCCUUUCAAAGUCACAGAUUCUAUUCGCCUGUUUGGAUUAGGAGAUCGCGCCCAAAGCUCGACUGUGGUGCCUGUAGCGAUCAAUGCCGGGCUGAGUGUCUCUCUAGGCUUCUGGGUGAGUGAUGAAGACUCAGUCUUUGAGUCUGAAUUUUCGAUGCUGAACACACUCCUUCAGCAGAAAAAAGAUUUUUUCACGAAUGGAAGCAUUGUCGACAUUCAUGUUGGUAGCGAAGCAAUAUAUCGAGAAGAUGUCACAGCUGCACAGAAUAUUGCGUAUCUUCAGCGUGUUAAGUCUUUAUUUAAAACUUAUAGCCUGAACGUGCCCGUUACUAUCGCCGAGAUUGGUGAUAUCUACCUCACACACCCAGAAAUCAUUGAUGAUGUGGACUUUGUACAGGCCAAUGAAUUUCCGUUUGGGAAAAAAAUUGCCGUCGAAGACGCCGUCGCGUAUUUUGAAUCAAGAAUGGAGCCAUUAUUUAAUAGCGAAAUAGCUCGGGACAAGAAAAUGGUGAUCGGAGAGACCGGGUGGGCGUCAAAUGGAUCGAGUCUUAAGCAAAAGGAGCUUGAGUUCUACUAUUUUGAGGCUUUUGAUGAGAAGUGGAAGGCGGACGUGAGCAUUGACAGUGUUGAGGGACAUUUUGGGCUUUUCUGUGGGAAUCGGACGGUGAAGGCGGACGUGGGCAUUGACAGUGUUGAGGGGCAUUUUGAGCUUUUCUGUGGAGAUCAGACGGUAAAGUUGAAAUUGCUAAACUUGCGCUUGGCUUAA